UUAGAGGUGAAAAAAACAAGAAAAAAAAAUAUUCUGAACCAAUGGACUGCAGACAUAGUACAGGGAAUGACCAGAGACUGCGGACACAGUACAGGAGAUGACAAGAGACUGCAGACAGUACAGGAGAUGACCAGAGACUGCAGACAUAGUACAGGAGAUGACCAGAGACUGCGGACAAAGUACAGGGGAUGACCAAGAGACUGCGGACAUAGUACAGGAGAUGACCAGAGACUGCAGAAACAGUACAGGAGAUGACCAGAGACUGCGGACACAGUACAGGAGAUGACCAGAGACUGCGGACACAGUACAGGAGAUGACCAGGGACUGCGGACACAGUACAGGAGAUGACCAGAGACUGCGGACACAGUGCAGGAGAUGACCAGAG